UCCCAACAACGUCAAAAAUUCCAAGCCUCUCUUUCCCACAAACGUUCAAGUUACUUCACCCUCCUAUUUAAAACUUCACACUACACCAUACUCUCAGCUCUCUCUCUCUCCCUUCCCCUCCCCCCUCCUCUGUAAUAGUAUACUAACUAAGAUGGAGAGCCAGUACAUAGGAGGCAAAAGCAAUACCGAUGGCGGUGGGAUGCCGGAGAAGGAAGUGAGGGUAGCAAACCAGAGAAGAGUUGGGAGUUGUGAGUCGCUUGUGAGGGUUUUGGCCGUAUUACUAACUCUGGUCGCUGCUAUAGUUCAAGGGUUGAAUAAGCAGACCAAAGUUGUUCCAAUUAAGGUGGUUCCAACCUUGCCAGCCAUUUAUAUUCCACUCACAGCCAAAUGGCAUGACUUAUCUGCUUUUGCGUACUUGCUGGUUGCAAAUGUCAUAGCAUGUGUAUACGCAGCAUUUUCCCUUGUCCUUUCCUUUGCAAACCGGGGCACAAAGAAGAGCUCACUAGGGCUAUUCAUCAUUGUCCUUGAUAUAUUGAUAGUGGGGGUGCUUUUCUCAGCCAUCGGAGCCGCCAUGGCUAUCGGUCUGAUCGGGUACCAUGGGAAUUCACAUGUGCAGUGGAACAAGGUCUGCAAUGUGUUUGACAGAUUUUGUCACCAGGUGAUCGCAUCAGUGGUCCUGACUCAGUUUGCAGCUCUUGCAUUUAUCUUCCUAGUCGUGCUUGCUAUCUUACGCCUUAACAGAGGUCCACUUAAAUAGGCAAACCUAGCUACAAUGGACUAUAUAUAUAUCGUUUGUGAACCAUAGUAGAGAUUACAUAUAGUAGAGGUAGUAGAGGUACCCUUCUCCUGAAAAUGUCGAAGACUGUACCUUCUACCUUGUAUGUGCGUAUUAAGAAAUUUGAUUCCUUCAGUACUGCAAUUAAUGUUGUUGAUGUACUAGCAUUAUAGUUUAAUUUCAAUCGAGUUGAACAAUAUUUUCAAUUUCAA